AUCUCAAGAGACUCCUAUAGAUGGGCAGCCUCCUGCAUUACCACCCAAACAAUUUAAAAAGAACAGUUGGAACCAAAUUCAUCAUUCACACUCACAGCAAGAACUGGAUAACCAUAUUAAUGAAACAUUUGAUGUUCCUGCAUCACCUGAAAAAUCCACACCCAAUGGUGGUGUCCCUCAUGACAAUCUUGUUAUGAUCAGAAUGAAACCAGAUGAAAAUGGAAGGUUUGGCUUCAAUGUAAAGGGUGGAUACGAUCAGAAGAUGCCGGUAAUAGUGUCCAGGGUAGCUCCAGGAACACCUGCUGAUCUCUGUGUCCCUCGUUUGAAUGAAGGGGACCAGGUUGUACUGAUUAACGGCAGGGAUAUAGCAGAACAUACCCAUGAUCAAGUUGUUAUGUUUAUUAAAGCUAGCUGUGAGAGACACUCAGGGGAACUUGUGCUCCUAGUUCGACCCAAUGCUGUCUAUGAUGUUGUGGAAGAGAAGCUGGAGAGUGAGCCUGACUUCCAGUACAUCCCUGAGAAAUCUCCGCUUGAUGGUGUCCAUCAAGACGAUAAUGCUCUGAGGGAAUCCAUGAUUCAGCUAGCAGAGGGGCUUAUCACUGGAACUGUUUUGGCUCAAUUUGAU